GUCGACACCAGCUAGUCCACGACUGGACAUGGGCCAAUAACCGUCCCAUCCUGGCAAUGCCAGCGUGCUUCGCAACACUCCAUGAAUCCUUUUCUUCAACCAAACUUGCAGGAAAAAAAUUUCAAGGUAGUUGUGGCUGUUGGAGUUCAAAUCAGGACUAGCAAACCUCGACGAGGGACAGACUCCAAAGAUUCAGGGCUUCACGGCUCAGCCAAGCCGCUUUCAAGUUUCAACACAUCUCAACCUCCCAAUCUUUCCGCCACCUCGAUGCCCAAGAAACUCAAGUCGAACAAGGCCGAGGAUAAGUUGGUUUACAUUAAAUACAACGGACAUGGAUGCUCCCGACUGUUCGGCCUGGUUAUAUAUUUGCUGCAAUUGCGGAAGCUAUAGUGAUUGUACCGCCUUGGGUCGGCUUCACGUUCGCUGCCUUGCCUGCAAUCGUGUGAUGUUAGGCUGCUCGAUCUGUCGACGCGACUGGAGUCACUGGAACCAGGCGUAUUGCGGGGGCAAUCAUCUCCGAGAUAGUGUUGUUGCCGUGCACUCAAGUCUCAGGCAGUUCUAUACCCCGAGCACAUGUGGUAUCAAGUGUUGGGAAGUCCCGGGCACGAUCAAUGGGGUUCCAGUCAACGCACUACCGGACUGGGGCUCUUCUGUCAACGCCAUCUCGGAGGACUUUGCGAGGCGGCACGGGAUCGAAGUUGAACCAGCGGCGAAGAUAUCGAUUACGCUUCCCGGAGGUAACGCAGCCGAAAGCACCGGGCUGGCCGUUGGCCAAUUUAAGUUUCGGGGCGAGAGCAUAGUAUACCGACGCAACUUCCGCGUGCUGAAGAAAUGCGUGUACGACGUGGGUGUUGGGCCGGGAAUUCCUUGACCAGACGAAGACGUUGACCAAGUAUACGCAUCGGAUUAUCGACCGUUUCCGGCCCUGCGCGCAGAAGGGAAGCCGAUUGUUCCU